GUCUCCAGAGCGAGAUUGGAACACGCAACCGCAGGGGUCCACAGGCGAUGAACGGUGAAGAUCUGGAUAAACUGUACACUAACAAUGAACCGCGAAAACAUGGGAUAACAAGGCAAAACAAAUGAUAAUUUAUCCUCGAUUCGGAAUAGGAACAAGAUAAAAUGAAUUUGUCGUGGGAAAACGAUCAUUCUCUCUUUUCUCUCAUUUUAUGCCAUUCUCCAUGGACGCUGAGCUGGUAUAAAGAGCUAGGAACAGCUGGAGCCGGUGAUUAUGGAACAGGGAUGUUGUCAUGUGAGUAAACGAAGUUAAUCGAUUAUGGAAUAUAUGGAAAAAGCUUGACUUGAAUAAGACAAUGGAAAGUAAGUAGUUGGAGAGCCGUUAUCACUUUCUCAUCACACGGGAGUUCUAUAUCCAGAAGAUCAUCCGCACAGGAGAUGUGUCUCAUAUUUAUUUCUGGAAUAAUGCAGAAGAGGCGAGACCGUCGUCAAAUAUGAUUCGUGUCUGACACAUUCGUAGGUUUGAGUGAUAAGCCUAUUGUUCUAUUCUAUUGUUGACUAUUCAAUAUAUUGUGACUGCGAAUCGGCAAAGAGGUGACAACAGUUCAAUUGUCAGUUUAUGAACUGGUUUAACAUACCAUUAAUAUGAAUGGUAUUUUUCUAUAGUAGUUUCUCUAGGUACAUUCCGAUUUUUUCCCUGUCAGAAACUGUAUGAUAGACGAGAAAUAACGAGCCCCGUAGGCUACUGGUGACAUCACCCCAGUCAGAUCUACUGCUGUACAGUAAAUAUCAACAAUGGUGGAGCCUGUGGGAUUUAUUGAAGCAUGGAAAGCGCAGUUCCCCGAGUCGGACCCCCCAAAGAUGGAGCUCAGGUCGGUGGGGGGCAUCGAACAGGAGCUGGAGAAGUGCAAAGCCUCCAUCCGGCGGCUAGAGCUGGAGGUGAACAAGGAGCGCUUCCGUAUGAUCUACCUGCAGACGCUGCUGGCCAAGGAGAGGAAGAGUUAUGACCGCCAGCGCUGGGGUUUCAGGAAGGCCCAGAUGAACGAGGUAGGGGACCAGGCAGGGCUGGGUGCUGAGUCUCAGCAGCCACACGUGCAGGAACAGGGGGAGCGGAGCCGGUUCCAACCGGUGGGGGAGGCUAGGUCCAAACCUAGACCCCCUCCAGCCCGGAAGUCAGCCUCCCACGGAGACGGGCUGGAGCUCCAGUCUGCCUUUGAGGUACCCCAGCAGGUAGAGCCCUGCGAGACAGACGGCCUCUCGCCCUCCAAACAGAAAGGAGGUAUAUCCCCUCGCCGCCAACACCCACCCCCGAACAAGGACCUAGCAUCUGACCCCAAUGACAAGCUUGGCAUGGGACUGGGGGUGGCAGCGCUGAGGUCUAACUUUGAGAGGAUCAAGCGGGCAAACUCUCACUCUGCCGGGGAUGCAGGGAAGAGCCAGGAGAAGCAGCAGCCCUUCUACACCAACAUGGAGUUCCACCAUGACAGGGGCCUGGUCAGGGUCAAUGACCGAGACGUCUCUGACAAGAUCAGCACCCUGGGCAGCCAGGCCAUGCAGAUGGAGCGCAAGAGAUCUCUGCACUCCCUGCCAGGCAACCUGGCCACUGUGGCAGGUGAGCUCCGCACUCGGCCGGUCUACAGGGGGCGCUCUACAGAGAGCACCUGUGGGUACGAUGCUGAAUACGAGGACGGGGACCCCAACCCACGCCACCCCAAGGCCAACGGGGGCAAACAGCCCCCUCCACCCCCAUGGCAACCCUCUGACUUCCAGCCUUACACCAGCGUCUACGUGGGCGGGGUGAUGAUGGGCGAGGCCGGGGGGGAUGGAAGAGGGGGCGUUAUCAUGAGGGACCACAUCGGAGAAGAGCACCACCUGACCUGGCCCCGGCGCUCCUACUCUCCCGGGAGCUUUGAGGACGUGGGGGGCGGAGGCGGCGGCUACACACCAGACUGCAGUUCCAAUGAGAACCUAACAUCCAGCGAGGAGGACUUCUCGUCUGGCCAGUCCAGCCACGUGUCACCCAGUCCUACCACGGCCUACCGCCGGCCCUUCAGGGAGAAGAGCCGCUCGCCCUCGCAGAACUCCCAGAACUCCCAGCAUUCGUUUGACAGCAGCAGUCCCCCCACGCCACAGUCCCAGAAGCGCCACCGCCAGCAGGGCCACGUGGUCAUGUCCGAAGCCACCAUUGUGAGCGUCCGCAAGACCGGCCAGAUCUGGCCCCCACUCGAUCCGGACUCAACACCGGCCAGCAGAGCCUCCCAUGACAACAGUUUCCAUGGAGACCUGGAUGGUCCGUUCACGGGGACCCCUCCCACUUACGGCUACGAUGCGGACCGUGCGGAGGAGCAGCGGCGCCACCAUGACAUCCUACCCUACAUCGACGACUCGCCCUCCUCUUCGCCACACCUCAGCUCCAAGAGCCGCAGCAGCCGAGACACCCUCUCCUCCGGAUCCCUUGAGUCCUCCAAGUCGACGGAGUUGGACCUAGAGAAAGGCCUGGAGAUGAGGAAGUGGGUUCUGUCUGGGAUCCUAGCCAGCGAGGAGACCUACCUCAGCCACCUCGAGGCACUGCUACUGCCUAUGAAGCCUCUGAAGGCAGCAGCCACCACGUCCCAGCCGGUGCUGACCAUCCCCCAGAUCGAGACCAUCUUCUUCAAAGUGCCCGAGCUCUACGAGGUCCACAAGGAGUUCUACGACGGCCUGCUCCCCCGGGUGCAGCAGUGGAGCCACCACCAGCGCGUGGGGGACCUCUUCCAGAAACAGGCCAGCCAGCUGGGAGUUUAUCGGGCCUUUGUGGACAACUACGAGGUUGCCGUGGAGACGGCUGAGAAGUGCUGUCAGGCCAACACGCAGUUCGCUGAAAUCUCUGAGAACCUCAAGGUGAGGAGCACCAAGGACUUGAAGGAUCAGUCAGCCAAGAACUCUCUGGAGACUCUCCUGUACAAACCAGUGGACAGAGUUACUCGUAGCACCCUGGUACUGCAUGACCUGCUGAAGCACACGCCCUCCAGCCACCCAGACCAUCCCCUGCUCCAGGACGCGCUCCGCAUCUCCCAGAACUUCCUGUCCAGCAUCAACGAGGAGACCACGCCCAGACGCCAGUCCAUGACUGUCAAGAAGGGAGAGAACCGCCAGCUGCUGAAGGACAGCUUCAUGGUGGAGCUGGUGGAGGGAGCCAGGAAGCUCCGCCAUGUUUUCCUCUUCACCGACCUGCUGCUCUGCGCCAAGCUCAAGAAACAGAUCGGAGGGAAGAGUCAGCAGUAUGAUUCCAAGUGGUACAUCCCUCUGUCAGACCUGACCUUCCAGAACGCAGAUGAGUCAGAGCCUCUGCCCAUCCCCCAGGUGCCUGAUGAGGAGCUGGACGCCAUGAAGGUCAAGAUCUCCCACAUCAAGAGUGAGAUCCAGAGAGAGAAGCGAGCCAACAAAGGGUCGAAGGUGACUGACAGGUUGAGGAAGAAGCUGUCAGAGCAGGAGUCUCUUCUGCUGCUCAUCCCCAGUAUGGCCCUCAGAGUACACAACAGGAACGGCAAGGGUUACAUGUUUCUGAUGUCAUCAGAUUACGAGCGUGCUGAGUGGAAGGAGACGAUCCGGGAACAGCAGAAGAAAUGCUUCAAGAGCUUCUCCCUGACCUCCAUGGAGCUACAGAUGUUGACCAACUCCUGUGUGAAGCUGCAGACUGUCCACCACAUCCCACUCACCAUCAACAAAGAAGGCCAAGAGGAUGAAUCCCCUGGCCUCCAUGGAUUCCUGAAUGUAAUCGUCCACUCGGCCUCGGGCCUCAAACAGAGCUUGAAUCUGUACUGCACGUUAGAGGUGGACUCCUUUGGCUACUUUGCGAACAAAGCCAAGACGCGGGUGUAUCGCUAUACCACAGAGCCCAAAUGGAACGAGGAGUUUGAGAUAGACCUGGAGGGCUCUCAGACCCUGAGGCUGCUGUGUUAUGAGAAGAGCUACAACAAGACUAAGCAGAACAAAGAGGACGGAGACAGCACCGACCGCAUCAUCGGCAAAGGACAGAUCCCGCUUGAUCCCCAGACGCUCCAAGGCAAAGACUGGCAGAGAACGGUUGUCCCCAUGACCGGGAUGGAGGUAAAGCUUUCUAUGAAGUUUACCAGCCGAGAGUUUAGUCUGAAGAGGAUGCCAUCACGGAAACCCAUGGGCGUGUUUGGAAUCAAGAUUUCCACAGUGACCAAACGGGAGCACUCCAAGGUUCCCUACAUCGUCAGACAGUGUCUGGAGGAGAUUGAGCGGAGGGGCAUGGAGGAGGUGGGAAUCUACCGGGUCUCAGGGGUGGCUACAGACAUCCAGGCCCUGAAGGCUGCCUUCGACACCAACAACAAAGACGUGUCUGUGAUGAUGAGUGAGAUGGAUGUGAACGCCAUCGCCGGGACUCUGAAGCUGUACUUCAGAGAGCUGCCAGAACCCCUCUUCACCGACGACCUGUACCCCAACUUCGCAGGAGGCAUUGCCCUGUCUGACAGCGUUGCCAAAGAGAGCUGCAUGCUGAAUCUACUGCUGUCACUGCCAGAACCCAACCUGGUCACAUUCCUCUUCCUGCUGGAUCACUUGAAGAGGGUGGCUGACAAGGAGAGCAUCAACAAGAUGUCCUUCCACAACCUGGCCACAGUGUUUGGCCCCACGCUGCUGCGGCCUGCAGAGAAGGACAGCAAGAUCCCCACCAACCCCACGCAGCCUAUCAGCAUGGGAGACAGCUGGUCCCUGGAGGUCAUGUCACAAGUCCAGGUGUUGCUGUACUUCCUCCAGCUGGAGACCAUCCCCACGCCGGACAGUAAGCGUCAGAGCAUCCUCUUCUCCACCGAAGUGUAGAGUGUUCCACAGGUUCCCAUCAUGAAGACAAUGGGAGAGAGAGGGUGAGAUGGAGACGUCGACUCAAACUGAGUCUACAGUACAGUAUGUCCAUUUGGGAAGGCUACUGAGAGUGAGAAUGGCCUUUGCUGGACUGCAGCAGGAGAUGUAUUCUGCACUGAUUCUGGACAUACCUUGCAGAGGGCGCCACCAUCCCUCUGAGAACAAGAGGGUGGACACCAAUCCUCUGUUGUACCACACAUAUCUGAUGACGAUAACGCAUUAAUACAUCACACCCAAUAGCCAGUGUGACUCUCUGUGCCUCUCUGACACAACAUAUCCUUGUCUCCUCGCUCUGUCUCUUCGCUCUCAUGUCGAAGCUCCACAGCUUGUGUACGGUGUACGGAAUGAAUGCCACUACUGAACAUGCCUGCUGCAACCACAAAUGAAACACUUCAGUUUGAGUCUGAUCAGCAUGUAGGGGAAAAGAGCGUCCAAGGUUAUUUAAAAAAAAAAUGUUUUGCUAUUGUCUCCUGCUUUGUUGGCAGAAAAACAGGCAGAGCCUGCACAUCGUUUUGUUUAGCCUUUUCAAAUGUUGAGUUAUUUCUUAAUCCACUGCUGAAGAGAUUCAAACCGUAUGUUUUACACAUGAUACAUUAGCACCGCAAUGCUACGAGAGUUCUGUUGAAAAGGAACAUCUGGGUUCUCUGAAGACUUUUAAAGAGGAACAUCCAGAGCUGCCAGCAUCACCAGUCUAUUUGUGUGUCCCAGGAAUCCACCACUCACAACAACAACAAAAGUGUUUACAAGGUAAACAAGCCUUGGACAAAGGCAGAGACAGGGAGACUGCAACAAAGGCAUUUGUGAAAUAGGAACAGUUGACAGAAACAGAUUAUCUGUCAUUUAUAAUAAGACUGCCUACAGUUUGGACCAUAAAGCAAUUCCCUCUUUUUUGUUCUUUGUGUUUCAAGUAGUCCUCAGCUUAAAUACCCAGGAAGCAAUAGAUUUUCUAACAUAGGAGUUUGUCUGCGUUCAUAUCCUUAGUCCGGAGAUGUCCUCAUCAUGGUAACAUAGGAGAUCUUGCCAAAAUGAUCUGUUGUUUGGGAUAAAAGAAAACUAUUGUAUUUACAGAUACAGUACAGUAUGUACAUAAUCAUAAUGCUGUAAUUGUUUUAUUUGACUUAUUUUAACAGUGUAAUAAUCAUUGUUAUGAUUAUAAUUUAUGAAGAAGAUAAAAUGGGGUGGGGGCAGAAAUCAACAUGUUUUUUUUCGAUGUGUUUGUUUUGAUUUGAUGAAGGUGGUAUAGGUUACAGACUUGAGUCCUGGAGGUCUGAGGUGAUGGGAGAUCAUAUGCUGCCUAUGUAACCAGGAUGUAGUCUUGUUGUGGGAAUAACUGCAGUUUUGUCCAGCCUAUUGUUAGCCAUUUAUCCGUCAUGAAGGUAACUCUCCAUCUUUGAAUGCCAAUGUCAUAACCCCUCUUCAUCUGUUUUGAGUGUUCCAGUCCCAACCAUCCAGCCUGAAAUCUUGAUGUGUUACUGAAGUAGGAUACAAAACAUUACAUUUAGUUGUAUACAGAACAACAAUAACAAUCUCUACAAUUUACAAUAAUAACAUGUUCCCUUUCUACAACUUACAACAAUAACAUGUUUCCUCUCUACAACUUACAACAAUAACAUGUUUCCUCUCUACAACUUACAAUAAUAACAUGUUCCCUCUCUACAACUUACAACAAUAACAUGUUCCCUCUCUACAACUUACAACAAUAACAUGUUUCCUCUCUACAACUUACAAUAAUAACAUGUUUCCUCUCUACAACUUACAACAAUAACAUGUUUCAUCUCUACAACUGUGUCGGUGGAGACAGUUGUUGUCAUGAAAAUGAAAAUCAUUCACCUGUUUCAAACAUGUUGCGCUAAAUUGUGGGCGCUCUACAUUUUACCCAAAGUGAACCAUUCCGUUGAUGUUAUGAAGGAAUACUUGUUUAUCCUCUUUUCAAUGAAAGUGACCCAUCUUUUUCUCACCCAUAUUUAUGAGGGUGGCUGGACAGCUGUCAUUAACUGUCCUCUAAACCCUUCCUUAAGCUCGUCUCACUCCUGGUCUGCCUGAUUGUCACCCACCAAAAGGCCAUGGAAAAGAAAAUGCUCUUAGAAUAUUUUGUUCAGAAGGAAAAAAGAGAAGAUUAUAUUAGAAUGGUUUUAAUUUCAGUACCUGCAGGCAUGUUUGAUUAAUGCAGGCAUGUUUGAUUAAAGUUAUUUUCUUCUGUGUGUUGUCAUAAACAUAUUGUUGUUAUAUUGGGCAGCAGGAUGUUAGUGACCAAUGUGUUUUGGUUUUGAAAAACCAAGCUUAAAAUAUGUUAUGAUAUUUCAUUCUGGCUGGAUAAUUGUUAACAAGUAAUGUGUUUACUAACUCAGUCUGUACUACUGUCUGCACUACUGAGAUUUCAUGAAGAACUCCGACAUUUUGAAGUUAGCAGAGACAUUUCUGACAGUUUUGACUGUACAGUAGUAAGUAGCUAGUGUAAAAUCUGGCAUCUGAGUGUGUGGUUGUACAUGCAGCAUUGAUGUGCACACAUGCGUGAGUGAGUGAAUGAAAUAAUGGGAUGAUUUGCUGUAAAAAAGUAGAAUUAAGACAUAACGUUUCAAAUCCUGACGUAUCCAUAUGCUGACAUAUCAACUAAAUCAGCUCCAGUUAAUAGCCAUAGUCAUAAUUUUAGUAACACAUUUUGUCCUAAUAUAUCCUCACAUGUCCCAUACACAUAACUGUACAUUGGAGGAAGCCAUUGAUUAUGAGAGAGAAAGGCAGUGCAUUCACCAUUCAUUUGGAUCUCUUUGAUUUAUAUAAUUAGUGCUCAAUGUGCACUGCUCUGCUCCGUUGUGCCUCCGCGUUAUAGCUUUUAUUCAGCACGUAUGCCGUGGAUUUCAAUGUGUCAGUGGAAUUUCUGUAAGGAGACUUACUGGGGUGCUGUAGUCUCCCUCGCCUUUUGAGAAAACAGAUCUGUCAUUAAGGCACCUAUUUUGAGACCAAUACAUGAACGUAGAGUUUGGUAUCGCAAUUCAUGCUACUAUUAGCCUGUGUGGGAGAUCUCGUCUGCUAAGCCCAAUUCAUUUUUGCAAUCAUACGAGACAGACAGACAAAUGCUUAGUCAAUAACCCUCACUCUGACUUAGCUCUGUCAACAAUAGCAAAAUAACUCAUUUUCAGCUUUUCUGUUCCAGUUCUGUGUAAAAUGAAGUCUACUGUAUUUACGGAGAUGAAUACCCUCAUCUGAAGGAAAUUAUAUUAGUAGUAGCAAAGUGGUAUCUAUACUUGUAGAAGGAGGACACUUUCAAAAUUCACUGUCAUGUUAUAUGACUCAUAUAUAGAUAAUAUCUCUCAAGGCACUAUGCUAUGCUGUGUAUCGUUCAUUUGCAAGAUGUCCUUUGUAUUUUCAAAUAACUGCCAAACAGUUUGUAACCAUCUGUUGUCCUAACUGUAACUACUGUAUGUAUCAACAUGUCACUAAUCCAGAACAGGAUUUAAUUUGGAGGGGCUUGCACUUUCAGUUUCUUUUGGUUUUACUCCAGACUGCCCACUGUGAUGCUUUAGGACAUUUUCUGUGGUUUGGAAAUGAUUUGCAAGGAAAGAUGAAGGUUAUUUGAGUUUAUAUAGGUUACUCAUCUCUCUAACCUUGUCUUAUGGUUGUACAAUAUGUAUUGUAUGUAUCAUACUAGAGACAUUGGGUUCUUAGGUUUAUUUAUUGUGAUGUUCAUCCAAGUUUGGGCAAUACAUUUAGGAUUAAUCAUAUUAAUAAAACAGUUGAAUAAUUAGGCUUCAACUGAAAGAGAACUUGGUUAUUGGUUGUCAGUGUGAUUCUUCAUAGGGCUAGUCACUUACCAUGCCUCUUUCACAAAAAAGUAAUAUAUGUCAACAUAAGAUUAUUAUAAAUAUGUGCACUAUGUUUUAAAGUCUAAAAAUAUGGAAUAUAUUACUCUAUGUACGACUUUAGCAUUUCAGUGUAUGCAUACUGUAUGAUGAAUGAAUAUUCAUUCUUUCAGUCCUUGUAAGUUGACAUGAGCCUGGCAAUAGUUUAUUAUAAUUCACUCCCAUAUUAAACGUAUUUUAAAUGACCUGAAACCAUAUUUUGACAUCUUGGGAAUAUGUGUGUUUUAUUCCACAUUUUCUAGUUGACUGUGUGAAGCUAAAAUGAUGGUACUUGCUGGUUAUCUACAACAACAAAAAUACAUUUUACCUUUUUCUGUUUUUCAAUUUAGAUUUAUUUCCUUCUGGUCAGCAUACAUGUUAUGUCAUGAGUCUGUAAAAAGGGAUACUGUAGUCUGAGGAAAAUACAUGUUUGGAAGGCAUUUGCAGCCUCUGUUUGUACACAAAAUGUUAAAUAAAAUCGGUAUCUAUGUAAAAAUA